GAGCCAAGGCAAGGGAUGCAGUGCUGAGCUCUUGAAUGGGUGGUCGUGCGGCUGGCGGGGAUGAGCAAGAUGGAGCUAUGGUGGCACUCGGCGGCGGGCGCGACCGAGGCUGGUGGUAGGAGCUUGCAGCGGCGCUGGAGUGGCCGCGGAGAUGCACUGAGGAAGAGCUGCGGGUCGCCUGCCUUGAGGUUAUUUUGCCGGCGUUCAUACAGAGAUGCUACCGGCGACUUCCGACGACAAUCCCAAAGCUGGGUGGCGACGCCCCCGAGCUCCUGCCGUCGGCUACCUCUCCGUCAUGCUGCUCGUGGCCACCUGCCCGACCAGCUACUGAUGCUGCGUAUGAACUAUGAAACAACAAGGCCUUGAAGGCCAUAAAGACCUUAAUUUUGCUUCAUUUCCUGCUCACUGGAAGGCUUUUGUUCAAGGAGGUACUUCUGUCCUAAGGUGACCGGCUGCCUUUGUUUGCCGCAAAUUCAGAUGCAUCUCACCCUGGAUUUGUAAAAUGGGAAUGUAGUAAGUGGUGCUUGCUUCCAGCUCCCGACUAGAGGAUGGCAUGCCAAAUUUCUAAAGCCAUGACAUCUGCAGCAUUGAGUUAGGUCUCCAAAUCUUCCGGACUACCAGGUGCUUUAUUAGGUAAACUCCUCUAAAGUUCAGUGUAUACCCAGCAUACUGUAGUGUUCCCAGCAAAACCCUGAAUCCACCUAGAGCAUGCUUUAAAAUGAGAAUUCAUGUUCGUUCUGGGAAAGAAGUUCACAUACAGCUCAGGUUCCACUAAUCCGCAUGCAUGAGAAUCUUAUAAGAACACUUUUGUUCUAUGCAAGAGUAGUUGGAAGAUUCAAUUUGUUUUAUGGGAACAAUUCUCUAGCUGUGCAGUCCAAUUUGAUUCGCCGAGGUAUGGUGUUGGAAGAUACUAAAUGCUUGGUCUGUCAGAGGAUAGACGAGGAUGGUUGUCACCUGUUUCUUAAGUGCAAGUCAGGUAAGGAGGUAUGGAAAGAACUGAAUAUGCUAGAAAUCAGAGGAAAAUUGUUACAGUGUAAUGGUGUUCAGGAAGUCUUGGACGAGAUUUGGAGAUUGGAUGAACGCAAGUGUGUUGAGAUAAUAGCCAUGUGGUGGAUUUGGUGGAAUCAGCGGAACAAAAUCCGUGAAGGAGGGGAGAAGGUGGCUGCAGCAGACUUGGCAUACCGUGCUAGGUGUUUAACGGCUGAUUGUUUAGAAUUUUGCAAACCUGCUCGACAGGAUAUAACCUUUUUACCAGCCAAAUGGGAACCACCAGAUGCUGGUUUUCUGAAGUUCAAUAUAGAUGGGUCUUUAAAAAAAGGAAACUAUCAUGGUGGCUGGGGUGUCAUAGUGCGUGAUGAGGAAGGCCAUGUCGUCUCAGCCGCAGCUGGUGGAGCCGAUGGAAUACAUGAUGCUUUUAAGGCUGAGCUCAAGGCGCUAGAAGUUGCCAUCGAUCUGGCAUCAAGUUUGGGGGCAAUAAGGGUUAUCUUUGAAACUGACGCACUGUUGCUUAUGUAUGCUAUGAACAACCCAAGUGUUGAUUUUUCUCCUGCUGCAGCUAUCAUUGAAGACCUGAAGAUCCAAUGCCGUACCUGGUUUUCCAAGUGCUCUAUUUUUUCAUGUAAGAGGGAGGUGAAUGGAGUCGCUCAUGAGUUUGCCAAGAUAGGUGCUUUGUGUACAACUGGUACGAUGAAGGUGUGGGAAUCUGAUGUUCCAGCUGAUAUUGCUGUUCUUGUAAUAGGCCCAAUAACAUGCAUACUUUACAUUGUUAAAUAAUAAUA